GCAACUCGCGCUCACAGAUAGAGAGGGACUGGAGGAACUUCAGCACAGUGAGGGAACUAUUGACCUGUGUUAGGUAUUGAAUACAGUUCCACAGCGUGGCACUGACACAACCCCAUUAGCGAAUAAAAAAGAUCAAAAGAACUGAACACAGAUCUGCAGGCUGAAAAGUGUUGUUCUGCAGUUCUGCUCUGGAGUAACCCUGGACUGAUCUACAGAGGAGGCUGCAAUCAGUCAGCAUGUCUCUCUGAAGCAGCUCCACCUCCCUCAUUACCCGCCCAACCAGCCCGUCAGUAGCCGAGAGGAGCGCAGCGCAGCGCAGCCAGGAGAGACCCAGACCGGACAGGACCAGCUGCACAGCGGCGCACCAUGCAGUGCCAAGCCGAGCUCCGAGGCGCAAACCCCGGGCACCUGGCCGCGGGAAGACGGCGCUACAAAACCUUCAUGAUCGACGAGAUCUUGUCCAAGGAGACAUGCGAUUACUUCGAGAGGCUCUCCCUGUACUCGGUGUGUCCGUCCCUGGUGGUCCGACCCAAAGCCCUCCAUUCAUGUUCUGGCCCCUCCUCACUCAGGGCAUAUCCCCUUCUGUCAGUCAUCACCCGCCAGCCUCCCAGUGCCCUGCCUCACCUGCCCCAGCCGUCACCUCCUGGCCGCGUCACCCACCUGCCCCUGCACCCAGGACCCGGCGAGCCGCAGCCCAGUGAGACCCCGGUCAGCAUCAGCAGCGAGUCUGAGACAGAGCACAGCAUCCCCCGGCUGAAGAAGCCCCGCCGCAGCCGCACCAUCUUCACCGAGCUGCAGCUGAUGGGUCUGGAGAAGAAGUUCCAGAAGCAGAAGUAUCUCUCAACACCAGACAGAUUGGACCUGGCUCAGUCUCUGGGACUCACCCAGCUCCAAGUUAAGACCUGGUACCAGAACAGACGGAUGAAAUGGAAGAAAAUGGUCCUGAAAGGAGGCCAUGAAGCCCCAACCAAGCCCAAAGGCCGACCCAAGAAAAACUCCAUCCCGACCACAGAGGAGAUCGAGGCUGAAGAGCGGCGGCUGGCUCAGCUGGCGGAGGAAGGCCGGCUGCAAAUCAAAGCGCAUGCCCAGUCCCAGCUUCAGGCCCAGGAUGAAGUCUUUCAGUCACAACCCCAAGACCUGAGCACGAGCUGCGGGUCAGCCGAACCCCUCCGCCCCCUGCCAGCGGAGGCUUCGGCCCGGGAAGAGCUGACCCAGUUACCUCCAGAGACUAUGACGACAAGCUAAACGCAGCUCGUUAGCGUCCAGCGCAGACCUGCUAACACGCAGCCAAAGACUGAGAAUAGAGCGUACCAAAGCACUUAGUGCCUCUGAUCACCAGAACUCCAAAAGACCUGAAUGGGAGGCCGGGCCAGUGUCGGGCAUUGGGCUGAAUGGACCAAAGUGCAGAAAGUCAAUCUGUAGCGUUGCUUUUAAUGUGCUUCUGCUCCAGCUGCCAUUCUGAGACUGAGUCCAGUGUUUUACGAUCAGCUGUGCGUGGCCAAAAGCACUUCGACAGAAAUUGCAUCACAGCAGAGGCAGUCGUGCGUUAUUUUAACAUUAUUCUAUAACUCUAGUACCCUACGUUCCAAAUGGACAAACAGUGAGUGUUUUUUUGUUUUUUUUUCUUGAGCGAUUUCCUCUCUUACAUCAUAAUUGCUGCCUGGUUUAUUGCCUCUGUUAAAAAUGACUCGUCUGCACAGCGCGGCGUCUCGCCCCCUGCCAAAGUACAUAUAUCUGAAAUGCUGAAAUGCCCUCGGAGGUAAUAGUGCCUUUUUGUCUCAUGUUUAAAAGCCUUUCCCAUUAAACGGCAAAAAAACAAGUCGAGUGCCGAACGCAGGUGUACACUUGUACAGUGUUUUAUUUUUCUACAGAAGAAAAUAUGGCUUUUUAAAGCACGCUUGGCAAAGGAUGGGGAAGAAAGUAGGACCUGCUAUUACGAUAGCAAUUGAGUCUCGUUAAUUGCUAUUAAAAGUGCUAUUUUUAAACUUACCAAAGAAUGUUUUCUCGAUUGUUAAGCUAAGAUGCCUGUUUCGUUUUCAUAUGGUUGCGUUUUUUUUUGUUGUUGUUGAGAUUUUGUUAUUUUUGUGUGCAUGACAACCUUCCCCAUCAGUUAUAUCUGAAUAUUUGAAAUGGUAUAUUUAUUACUUGUGUAGAGUCAGGCUUUGUGUAAAUAAACAUUGUAUAUGAA